GCCACAGCCAGACGUCACUCCAGCAGUGCAGUGUAAAACGAACUUGUAACUGGAAUCUGCUAAAUCACUCAGCCCUUGCGAUAAGGCUAGGCGGAACAGCAGAGAAGACCGCAUUCCGGCCAUGUCCUGCAGCACAGCUGGACAGCUAAGCCGGCAAGCAGUGGACGCUGUAAGCAGUUUACAGCCAGCAUUACAUAAAUGCUAAGGCACUGCUAAGCGAGCGAGCCGCAGAUAGACUCGUUAAGAUUCCGCCAGCGAAUCACAGUAGCUAAUUAGCCAGACCUUGCCACUUGCAACUUGCCACCAUCCUAGCCUUAGUGACUCGCGCUUGUGUGUGUAGGGAUACAGAGUCUGUAUCAGUGUUUCUCACGCUCGUUUUUGUUUGUCUUUUUUGUGUCGUGUGCAAUUUGGUCUGUGAACAUUACUAAGAUACUGAAAUACUGAGCUACUGUGUUACUAACUAGAGACAAACUAAUUCAUAUUAACUUGUUGUGUGCCCCAGUCUGUGCAGCCAGCCAGCCUGCCAUCCAGCCCGUGCAGCCUCAGAGUGCAUUUUCAUUAAAGUCAACAAGUUGCAGCCACAUAACGUCAAAUAAAAGCAGCGUCACGUUCACCGCACUCAACAUGAUGGCCACGUCACAGGAUUACUUCAAUCCGUACGCCCUGUUCCGCGGCCCACCCACCACUCUGCGGCCGCGCGAGUCCCCGCUAGGCGUCGGCCAUGCCCACGCCCACGCCCACAGCCAUAUCCACGGACACGCGCAUACACACGCCCAUGGGCAUAGUCACGGCCACGGACACGGCCAUGGCCAUGCCCUCAGCGGACACGGCUAUGCAGCCCUCGACUUGCAGACGCCGCACAAGCGCAACAUCGAGACAGAUGUGCGGGCCCCGCCCCCGCCGUUGCCGCCGCCGCCGCUGCCGCCCACAUCGCCGAGGUACAACACUGACCAAGGAGCGAUGGACCAGCAAUUCUGCUUACGCUGGAACAAUCAUCCCACAAAUCUGACCGGCGUCCUCACCUCCCUGCUGCAGCGUGAGGCGCUCUGCGAUGUCACGCUCGCCUGCGAGGGCGAAACAGUCAAGGCCCAUCAGACCAUACUGUCCGCCUGCAGUCCAUAUUUCGAGACGAUUUUCCUACAGAAUCAACAUCCACAUCCCAUCAUCUACUUGAAAGAUGUCAGAUACUCAGAGAUGCGAUCUCUGCUCGACUUCAUGUACAAGGGCGAGGUCAAUGUGGGCCAGAGCUCGCUGCCCAUGUUUCUCAAGACGGCCGAAAGCCUGCAGGUGCGCGGUCUCACAGAUAACAACAAUCUGAACUAUCGGUCCGACUCCGACAAGCUGCGCGACUCGGCCGCCAGCUCCCCCACCGGCCGCGGACCCUCCUCCAGCUAUGGGGGCGGCGGGCUCGGGGUGGGCGACGGGGUGCGAGACUCACGCGACUCCCUGCGCUCCCGCUGCGAACGCGACCUGCGCGACGAGCUGUCGCAGCGCAGCAGCAGCGUGAAUGCCGCCGCCGCGGCUCUGGGCCUGACGACGCCCAGUGCCGGCGAACGAUCUCCCAGCGUGGGCAGCGCCAGUGCGGCAGCGGCGGCCGCGGUGGCUGCUGCUGCUCUGGCGGCCGCUGCUGCCAGUCGCAGUGCCAGCGCCGAUGCCCUCAAUAGUCGCGGCGAUGCAUGCAGCGACCGUGGCAGCGAGCGGGGCACCCUCGAGCGGGCCGACAGUCGCGACGAGCUGUUGCAGCUCGAUUACAGCACCAAGGACAACAACAACAGCAACAUCAGCAACACCAGCAACAACAAUAACAACAACAGCAGCAACAACAACAACAAUCGGGAGCGGGAACGGGAGCGGGAACGAGAGCGGGAAAGAGAACGAGAGCGGGACAGCAGCAGGGACCGCGAGAGGGAGCUCUCCACCACCCCGGUGGACCAGCUGAGUAGUAGUAAGCGCAGACGUAAGAACUCAUCAUCCAACUGUGAUAACUCGCUGUCCUCGAGCCACCAUGCGAACGCGGCCCAUGCCCAGGACAGGCACUACCCGCAGGACUCUCAGGGCAACUUCAAGUCGAGCCCCGUGCCCAAGACAGGUGGCAGCACAUCGGAGUCCGAGGAUGCGGGCGGCCGUCACGACUCGCCGCUCUCGAUGACCACCGGCGGCCACCUGGGCGGCGGUGGGGGCAAUGUGGGCGCGACCAGUGCCCUGAGCGGCCUCAGCCAGUCGCUGAGCAUCAAGCAGGAGCUGAUGGACGCCCAGCAGCAACAGCAGCAGCACCGGGAGCACCAUGUGGGCCUGCCGCCCGACUACUUGCCGCCUGCAGCAAAGCUGCACGCGGAGGAAAUGUCGACGCUGCUGUCGCAGCACGCCCUGCAGGCGGCGGACGCGCGCGAUGAUCACAACGACGCCAAACAGAUGCAGCUCGAUCAGACGGACAACAUUGACGGUCGCGUUAAGUGUUUUAACAAUCCGCGACAGCUCGAUCAGCAGGAUCAGGCCAGGGAGCCGGACCUGGAGCAGGAGCAGGAGCAGGAGGCUCUCGACGAGGUGGAUGUCGAUCGGGACAUGGACAUCGACGAGGAGCAGGAUCAGCUCGAAUCGGAAGAGGCGGAGGACAAAGUCUCUGCCGUGGCAGUGGCAGCAGUCGCCUCCUACCAUGCCACGCCGCCGAAGUACAGGCGAGCCGUGGUCUAUGCCCCGCCACCGCCAGACGAGGACGGGCCCUGUACUGGCUCCGGCUCGGGUUCUGGUUCUGGCUCUGGCUCUGGCUCUGGCUCGGAGAUUUACGUGGACAACAACUACAAUUGCGAGUACAAGUGCAAGGAGUUGAACAUGCGCGCCAUCCGCUGCAGCCGGCAGCAGCACCACAUGGCCACCCACUAUGCCCACCCUCAUUCGCAUCCCCACCAGCCGCUGCACCGCUCCCUGGUGGACUGCCCCGCAGAGGCGGCCUACUCGCCGCCCGCCACUAGCAGCAGCAGCCACAGCAGCGGGUACCGCGACCAGGGCUACGGCAGCACUAAUGGAACCGGCCAGCAGUUGGACCUGUCGAAUCACGGCUACCACGGACACCACCAUCCGCCUCCGUUGCCCCUGCCACCGCCGCCCAGCCACACCCAGGCCUCGCCGCACUAUCAGCCAGCCUCCACAUCCGCAUCCGCAUCCGCAUCGUUAUCCUCGUCCGCACCAGCCUCAGUGUCCGCCCCGCUGUCGCCCCAGCCCAGCUCCAGCUCAAGCGGAUCGAGCUCCUCGGCUGCAGCAGCCGCAGCCGCAGCUGCCGCCGCUGCAGCGGCCAAUCGGAGGGAUCACAACAUCGACUACUCCACGCUGUUCGUGCAGCUGUCGGGCACGCUGCCCACCCUGUACCGGUGCGUGAGCUGCAACAAGAUCGUGUCGAACCGGUGGCACCACGCCAACAUCCAUCGGCCCCAGAGCCACGAGUGCCCCGUCUGCGGGCAGAAGUUCACGCGCAGGGACAACAUGAAGGCCCACUGCAAGAUCAAGCACGCGGACAUCAAGGACCGCUUCUUCAGCCACUAUGUACAUAUGUGA